CCGUCAUAUAGUUCAAAUGCCAACGAUAACCAACAUUUCUCCGAGAAAUUGUUAAAUUGGUUUACGCAGUGAAUUCGCGUGCAGCGCCAUCAACGCGUGAUAAGAUGAAUCGUGAGAAGCGGUUGCGAGGGCUGUAAUACACAUUUAUGUGUGGAAAUUUAAUUAACGCUUCGCCGUAGUACCUCUUUGGGGUUGCACCAUAGAUCCCAGACAGAUUUUUGAAAUCGGCUGUAAAGCCGAUCACCACGGUACGCAGAAGUGCUACGAAAAUAAAAUUAAAAAUCAAUUUCGAGGUUUCUAGAAGAAAAAGCCAUCCGAAAGGCGGAAGAUCUGCCAGACUUUGCGGGCCGACGCGGGGAUAUUUUCAGAUAAUCGGGAGUUUCAGAAAAUAUGGCUGCGCUACCACGGAGGAUUAUCAAAGAAACACAAAGAUUAAUGCAAGAACCAGUUCCUGGUAUAAGUGCUGUGCCAGAUGAUACAAAUGCUAGGUAUUUUCACGUAAUUGUAACUGGACCUGAAGAUUCACCAUUCGAAGGUGGACUUUUUAAACUUGAGUUGUUCCUACCUGAAGACUAUCCAAUGUCUGCUCCUAAAGUUAGAUUCAUUACAAAAAUUUAUCAUCCAAAUAUAGACAGAUUGGGCAGGAUUUGCUUGGAUAUUCUCAAAGAUAAGUGGAGUCCUGCUCUCCAAAUCAGAACAGUUUUAUUGUCAAUACAAGCGCUUUUGAGUGCACCAAACCCAGAUGAUCCUCUGGCAAAUGACGUAGCUGAACUUUGGAAAGUAAAUGAAAGUGAAGCAAUACGUAAUGCCAAAGAGUGGACUCGAAGAUAUGCUAUGGACAACUGAUCUCAGAUCAUCCAUGAUGAAAAGUGACGUUACCCCUAUCUUUCCGAGUUUACCGAUCACUUUACCCGCACCAGCUGCGUACCCUGCACCUGUGUCCACAAUUUUGCUAUAAAAAUAAUAAAAGUUUUGUAAGAGUAAACAGAAUGAAACUGUAUUUUCUAUAUUGCGGGGAAUACAAAGAUGUCGUGUUUAGAUUUCUUCAACGAUUUAUCGAGCAGAUUUGUAAAGAAUCUUCUGAUAUUGAGAAAUAUCAAUUGUAAGAAGAUUUCCUUUUCAGCAAGAAGGUAUAAUUUUAAUGGAUUACUAGUUUUUACUUAAAAAAAAACAUACCUUUGUAGUAAAAGUAAGUGAAUGUAGUAUAUUGCGUAAACGUUUCUUUCUUUUUUUUAUAUAUGAUUACAGAAUGGCUUGUGCAAUCAGUAACUUAUAACCUUUAUUUCGGUACCUUUAAUGUAUCCCUAAAGACAGAAAUAGUACCGGGUGGUUCAUUAUAUUAUACUAAUAUGAUUAUAUUUUCUGUAUUUCAUAAUGUCUACUAACUGGUUGUCUGAUAAUCUUUAGGUAUUUAUGAUUUACGCUAGCAUACCGUGUUUGAAGAAAAAUAUGAUAUUUGAGAUCGUGAUGGCAUUUAUUUAUAAUUAAUCAUUCUAAUUAGUGUGCGUAUUGAAGUAUUGAUACCAUUCGCAAAUGUAAUGUUCCAUUUUUAAGAUGUAUAGUUAUUGUAAUAUCAUUUAUAUAUUGCAGGACUUUAUUUAUUAGCAUAUUGUAAGAUAAAACGUGCUUCUCAUUCAUAGGAAAUUCCAGUUGUUUCUUGAUCACAACGCAAACCAUUUUACUCAUGAUUAUGUUAAUUUACGUUUUUAUUAUGUAAAUACAUACAGCUGAGAAAAAUGUUUCCUAUCUACUACUUUUAUUUUUUGUUAUUUUUUUUCUAAUAUAAAAUUCAUCCGGGAAAAUAUUUUUUUGUGUAAUUUGUAACAUUUUCUGCAGAUUGAAAAAUUCUUGACCGUGUACUUAUAUGUCUUGGAAAAAAUUAAAAGCGAAUAAAUAUAUGUUUCCUAAAAACAUAUAUAUUUAAAUAUUUCUUUUUAACUAUUGUUUUCUUUUAGUAUUUAAAAUAGAUUUAAUAAAUAAAAUUAUGCAGGAAAGAAAACUGACAGUACAAUUUAUGAAUUCAUUCAUGCUACAUCCUAAAAGCGUUGAACUUGAUGUAUCUGUAAAACAUGUUUAAUUAUUAGAAAAUGAUUUAUGUAAUAUAUUUCUUUACAGAAAAAAUGUACAACAUAAAUAAUUACAAAUUAUUGAAAAAUAGAAUUUAAUAUCUAGCAAAUUAGGUGUAGAAAUUCUGUUACAAUGUUAGUUUCAUGUAUUUAUAAAUUUUAUUAGCAUGAACUUUUCUCCAUGGUACAAAUUGCACAGUUUUAAAAAUACUAUUCAUCUGUAUUGAUAGUAAAGCUUUUUAUACUCCUUGUUUUGAUGAUUCAUCGACACUUUUAUUAAAGAAUUCGAACAACCAGUUGGUAUGUUUGUGAAUCUAAAGCUUGUAUUUGUAUAUUUUAAUGGAAACAACAAUAAAUAAUGAAGCAUAGAUUAUAAAAGGACACUGGGAUCGGUUACGCAAAAAAAAGAGGGAAAAAAAUAUCUGUAGAUAAUUUGCAAUAAUAAAAAUAUUAUUAUAAAUGUGUUAUAAAGCAAUAUUAAAAUGCCAAUGUAUUGCUGCCAAUUAUUAAACAUGUAAUUAUUUUGAGGAUAUACAAAAGUGUAGGCUAGUUAGAUAUAAAUACGUAUAAAAUUUAGCCGAAAUUUUCUAUUGAAAAGGAAAAGGUACAAGCAAUAAGCUUUCCUCGAAUUUAAAAGUAUAUACAGUUUUCAAAUAUAUUUUGACAAAGUUCA